AUGGCUCAGACGGAGUCUAAUGAAGAUACCCCACGUCCUUACGAUGUGAAGUUCAGUUGGAGAGCGGCUAUAUUUGCAGUGCUGUUGGCUGGGAGAUAUUUUGGGGUCGCCGACGCGAAAGGUGUUAUUGAGCAAUGCCUCUCACAGGAAGGCGAUGGCAGAAUCUGCGGAUUGCGCAUAUUCGGUACCAUCUGCGCACUAUCUCUUACAUGCUUCGUAGGGUACAUCGUCGGAUCUAUCGCCGGACGUAUUACCUACAAUGUGAGGUUUAAUUGGAGGGCGGCAGCAUUCGCAGUGCUAUUAUACGGAAAAUAUUUCGCGGGCACCGAUGAGAAAAACAUCAUUGACCAAUGCAUGUCACAGGAAGGCGACGACGGAAAGUGCGGAGUGCAAUUAAUCAAUAUCCUCUUGGCACUAUAUUCUACGUGCUCCGCCGGAUAUUUGUUUACAUUUCUCGUUGCACCUUUCGGCAGAGACCAAAGCGUGAAGCUCAGUUGGAAUGUGACUAUAUUUGUGACUAUAUUCGCGAUGUUAUCGUACGUCCUAUAUUCCGGGGUUGUUGACGAUGUCGUAGCCGUCGUUAUCCAAUGCAUCUCCAGGGAAGGUGAGGGCGGAGAGUGUGGAGGGCAAAUAAUUAGAACUGUUUCUACGCUGCUCCUUACAUACUUCGUCCCACUUAUUGUCGGAGAUCUUCCGAGGUAUCCUACCUUCCUAUAUCAUCAGAUACUGAGGCUUUUGGCUAAUGUUGUGUCUAGAAUCUUGUCAAUCAUUUCUAGAAUCUUGUCAGUCACGGCUUCGGGACUAGAAGCGAUGGCGACGAACUUACGUGCAGCUUCGAGGAACGCGAACGAAAACCCGGAUGAAUCUAUCACAUCUCAUCAGAUGGACUCAAGGGAUUAUCUCGCUUAA